AUGACCCCCGUGAUGAAGCUUUUUGCCUUUGUCUCCCUGGCUAUAGCGGCCGUCGAGGCUGCUGCCAUUCACCCUGCCCCGGCUUCCGGGUCGACUGUUCACCCUCAGCUCAAUGAUUCCAUGCAGACUUUCCCACCUCCCGGCUUCACCCUGGUUGACACGCAAUGGGAGGUGGAAAUCCGGCAGGGCGAAAAGGUACAACUGAAGGGCACCGUCGAGUCCGUCUACGCGCAGAUGCUGCAGCUCAACCCGGACUUUGAAAAGGAAAUGGCCGAGAGGACGGCGGCGAGGGGCGCAGAACAGCAACGGCAGGAGGGCCAGACCAACAACACCACGACGCUGGGCAAGCGUGACCACAGCGAGUGCAACGGCGGCUACCGACCGGCCCUGAGGGAUUCAAUCAGCAAGGGUAUCGAGUACCUCGCCAAGGUCAAUGGCGAGCCCGCCAUCGACGGGGGAACCUGUAGCCGUGUCAGCUGCAGCGACGGUGGUGGUAUUGGAUGGUGUAGCGAUAGGAGUGACCGCUACACGGUAAAUUCGUUCGGCUGGAUAGGCAACGCUGCCGAAGUCGUCGUCCAAAGCUGCUCGUUUCCGGACAUGUACGGCAAGGACUGGGUUGCCGGACGGCGUUAUCAUGACGCCAACGUCUCUGUUUGGGUUGGUGCCCAGCAGUGUUAA